AUGCCCGGGGCCAGUUUCAAAAGUGGACAUUACAAGGCGGCUGUAUUUGGCGGGGACGGCCUCCACGAUUGGCCCGAAGGAGGCGGUCAUUCGUUACCUUUCCGCGCGGCUUCUCCCUCCGACGCCCGAGUCUGAGACUCGUUCCGACCGCGUUUUGUAUACUCGUCUCAGCCAAGACUUGUUAUUUACUACCAGCCCCGAAUCCCAUUGUCUCGUAUAACCCAUUUUUCUCAGUUUGAAACGGCCGACUGCCGCAUUUUCAGUGCAAAGCGGUUUGAGCCAAUCAAAAGUUAUCGCAUCAGGAAAAGUAAAAUAUCCUCUUUUAAAGGCAUUAGGGGCAGUCAAAAACGAACUUAGAGCUUCUCAUUGCGAAUUACAUGAAAACGUAGAGUGUUCCCUAUUUUCGAAGAAAAAUUUAAUCGAAAUCAGUGAGAAAAUUUUUUUGAACCCGCUAAAAGGUCGUUCUGCAGUAUAGUUGCUCUAUGGACAACAGGCAUCGCAAUUUUUCAGAUUUUCUUUUUUUCCUUCGUUUAUCUCAAUUUUUUUUUUUUUUUUUUUCCAAAGUUUCUCUCGUCGCCAAAACGUUUUAUCAUUUUAAUUUGCAAACUUCGAUCGCAUAUUAAAUGUCAUAAAACUUUUUUGAACUAAACUUUUCUGUUAUCUACGACAAGAAACUUGAUUAAAAUCUGAAAACUCGAAAAUUUUAAACUGGCGCCGAAAAGCAGCGCGAACGCUUCGCACGGAAACUGCAAGCCGAAUCAAUCAUUCCCGACUUGGAAGGUGAGCUGGGUAGGUUGGCAAGGAGGACGCGUUGCGCAUUUGAAACGGCUAUCUGCGGCAUUUGCAGUUUGUGCGCGAAGCGGUUGCGAUGUAUUUUGGCGCCAAUUCAAAAAUUAUCGCAUCAGUCAAUAACUUUCAUGGAAAUUUUUCUUCACUUCUCUGAUAUUAAAUGCCAUAGCUCCUUUUUUAAAUAUUGUUUCUUCUAAAUAAUUAACUUUUUUACAAGAAAAAAAGGAAUUCGUGAAUAUUUUUUAUUUGUCUGUGAAUCGGCGCUUUUCAACUCUAAUAAUUGACCUUGAGGAGCUGAAAAUGCUCCGCUAAAAACUCCAAAAUGAUGGAAGAAAAAGCUUUCGAGCUCCUUAUUCUUAGCCUCAGAGGAUCCUUUUUGAAGCUUCUGAAAUCUUUUUAGUUGAUUUUCAGCAUCUUUUCAUUGAAAACUGUGAAAAAGAUGCAAAAACAUCUGUUGAAGACCCUUUGAAGAUUUUUUUGAAAGGGGUGCUUUUCCUUUUCGCCCGAAGUAGGAGAACUCGUUGUUUUGAAAUGUUUGGCUCCGAAAAUCGGAUUUCCAUUACAGAUGCCGGUUCUCCGAUUUUUAAUAAUUUCAACACUUCUUCACUACGUCAGGGCACAGCCACCUCCACAACAACCGGCAAAUGUGAGCUUUAUCUGGGGUUUUUCCCGUUUCUCGCCAUUUUAUGAAAAAAGGAACUUGGAAUUCAUUUUGAGAGAAAAGCCAUCGAUAAAAUAUCAAAAAAUCGUAUGGAAAAAAAAAAUGCUUUUUUGAAAAUGGAACCGCUUAGAAGUCUAUUUUUUAUCGCUCAAAAAGUAUUAGAUGUUAUUUCCGCGUCCUAAUAAAUUGCUUUUAACAACCGUUUAUUCAAAAAAAAAUUUGGUAACUGUAAAAUCAUAAUUCAGUCAUUUUAAAGGAAAAAAUUUUGCGAUUUUUGCUCGGCUUGACCUUGACUAUUUAUCAGUUUUAAAAUCAAUACAAGAGGCCGAAAAGUUUCACGGAUCAAAACAUGACCUAUUAAAGGUGAAUCGAGAAGUCGAUACAAAUAGAUACCGGGUAGCAACUUUUGAAAAAUUCGUAUGGUAAUCGGUGGUCGUUUGUAUGCGACCGGGCACUAGCUCACCCGGGUUGGAGGUCGAUGCAAGUAGCUAUUGGGUAGCUACCUGACAUUCGCGAUUUUUUUCGGAAAGUCUGGAAUCGCUUCCCGGGUCUUUAUUUUUUGCUUCAGAUUCAUCCAAUAAGAUCCUGGAAGACUUCGGAAGGUGUGAAAAAACACUGGAGCUAAAUAAACGACCGAUAUGCCCGCCAGUGGCAAUCGCGAAUUCCAGGUACAUACCCGGUAGCAUCCAGAUACCGAUCAGGUACUAUCCAGGUACCAUAGAGAUAGUACCCGGUCGCAUACAAAUGACCACCGAUUACCAUUCGCCGAUUCACUUCAGUUGCUACCCAGUACCUACUUGUAUCUACCUCUCGAUUCACCAGUCAUUUAUUUAUUAUUUUUUUUUUUGUCGAGAAGAUUGUUUUACUUCGCACUCUGGUAUAGUCCUGGACAAAAAACCAACGAAAGCGGACCAAGUGGGUCAUUUUGAGACUAUACAAUACAAUACAAUAUUUAUUGGUUGUUUUAGUCAGAUGGUAUCGACUAGGCGGUGAAAAAAUUGCUCUUUUGAGCGGCACUAACACCGCCUUUGGCGAAAAAGAAGUCAAAACGUGUAGUUGAUUGAAUUGAAAGCAUGGUCUUACGAUCCUUCGCCUCGUUCUUCCACAAGUUGAUCCCUCAGUUUCGCGGGUACGGGCACGGCGGGGAUGGUGGGGCUCGGGCACGGACUCCGUGUAUACUCUAGGGUAGCCUCGGCCGACUGAGAGAGCUACCACUUCGAGUGAAGAAAAAUACACGGAAUAUGAGAACUUUUUUUAUAAAAAAAUAAGAAAUUUCUCAGGUUAGGACCCUCAGAAUCUCAAUUUGGUUAUUUCAAAAGAAAUCUUUCAUAGUUUCAGAAAAUCCCAGGGUUCGUAGUAAAUCGAUCUUUUCGUCAGCAAAAAGCUAAAUGUUUUUUCAUGAAUACAGGAAACUUUUUAAAAACUGGAAAAAAAUUAGAUAUUAAGAAUUUCUUUCGAUCGUCAAAAAAAUUGAACCGCGGAAGACAGAUAUUUUUAUUUAGCGUCGUUUUGAAACAGUAAUUCAUGGAGUCUGGAAUUGGAAACUUGGCUAAAAAAAUUUUAAAAAAAAAAUGUAUUUUCAGGGGUAGUAAAAUGGUUAUUUGGUAAAUUUAAUUUACAAAAUGAGAAGGAAUUUUUUGAGGAGGCUUGAUUUUUUUGAGAAAAUACAAGGUCAGACCAUUUCUGAAGAAAACUUGCUUUAAAGUGGAGUCAAAACUAUUUCCUGGAGGUUAGAACUUGUUUUGUAGUCCUCCUUGAGGUUAAGGUUGAAAUUCCUUUUCAAAUCAAUUCGAAACAUUUUUCACAAUAAAUCAGAAAAUUCUUCCAGCCAAGCGACGUGCAGAGGACAUUUUACGAGCUGAUCCAGCGACAGCAGCAGCUGAACAACGCGAUUCUCCUCAACAACGCCCUGCUCCACAACUCGAUGGCGACUGCGCUCCAUCGCGAACAGCUACCGUAAGCCUCGAGCAAGUCCGUCCCAUGGAGAGAAUCCGAAAAAGUCGGCUGCAGAAUCCCGCUGACGCCGCCGGAAGCCCUCAUCCCGCCCCUGGCCCCGAAUCCCGCCGCCAACCUCUUCGUUCCCUUCAAUCAACGUUUGAUUUUUCUCAUUAUCUUUUUUUAUUUUUUUUGGAGAACAAAGUUAUCAUUAAAUUCGUUAGUAGCGUUAGUUCUUGAAAUAAGAAGUUGGAGGUCUCAACCUACUUUUUAAAAAUGAUAAAAUUAGUUUUUUUGAAGGGCUUCGACCUCUUACUAGGAAAUCAGCCAUUUUGAAAAAAAUCGAGAGAUUUUUUUCUAGAAUACUGAUGGAGUAGUUCAUUUCGGUUCAAAGUUUGGACUCUUGCCCAUUUUUUUAGAAUAUUUCUGAAGGUCCUCAUGUUUUCAUUUUUUUCUGAAAGUUUUCUACCUAAUUUUUUUAUUCUGAAGAAGUAAUUUUUUUCAAAUUUAAGAAAUAUUGGUUCCAUUUUUUUGAGCUAGUUCAGAAAAAAAUAAAAAAACGCAAAACUAUUUUUUUUGAAAGCGUCUUGGCCAUUAUUUCAUGAGUUUUUAGAUAGGUUUACAUUUUUUUCAAUUUCCUUUAUUUUUUUGAGCUCUCCGAGAUUUUUUUGAAUUUCUGAGAGAAAGUCGAUGAUUCCAUUACAAAAAAAAUUUUCUGCAUUUAAAAAAAUUUCUAUUUUUUUUAGGUCUUACAUAAUUUAAAGCAUAUAUCGAGCUUUAUUAUUAUCUAAAUUUUUUUUUCUGAAGCGUUUUAGCCUGUGUACCAUGACUUGGAAUUUCACCAAACGACAUUCCGCUGUGCCGCUACGCGCCUUUGCGAACCUCGGUCGCGCUUUUAAUUUCUUUUUUCUUUUAUUGAGGUACUCUACUUUCAUGUUCUCCCACAGCAAUAACAAUCAAUUGAAAGCGUGAUCUAGAUUCGAAAGACGCUUCGUUAACGCACGCAGCGGAACAGCGGAAUGUCGUUCCGUGAAAUUUCAAGUCAUGGCACACAGACUGUACCUUUUCUUAAUUUGAUUAUUUGCCCUCUAUGAAAAAGUGAACCCAAUCGAAAUUCAAAAAGCGGCGCCUCGUCAUCUCAUUGAAUAGAAAAACGUGUCGCGGCUAAUCAUUUAUCUUCUCUUUUUCCAUCGAUAUCGUUUUUUUUUUUCGACGCCGCGUGAUCUCAUUAAUCCUUCCGAAAAUGGCGUCAUCAUCUUGUUGUGUGACGUGAUCGAUUUCUCACAUUCCAUUCGAUGUUUUCUUUUUGAGAAGAAGCUUAGUAACUGUGGAUCCUAAAAGGGCAACCUUAGGGCCCUUGAAUGUUCCCGUCUAGGAACCUCUUAACCUUUUACUAUAGGGGCCACUAAAGCUUGCAAAAGUGGCCCUAUAGGGGACAUGCUAGUCGAUAAGCUACAUGAACUCUAUGAGUAGAAGCAUUUUUAGGCGAGAAACUCAAAAAUCAGCUAUAUCUGAAUUAAAAAGUUUCAAAAGGAUGAAUUGAUCAAUGGUCUUUUUUAUCAAAUCUGGACGAAAAGAUUGAAAGACCCCUAUAGGGAAUACUUGAGCUUUAGAAACCUAGAACUCAGACUGAAAACCCCUAUAGACACCACCUUAAUUUCACCCCUGUAGAAGGCACUUUAACUUCUUUGAUUUAAAAAAAAAGUACCAGUUUCGAUGAUUGCUCAUGAUUUCAAGGAACCUAAGAGAAGACCUUUUUUGCAUGUUACUACUCAGAACGACAGAAGCUGGAGAUCUUCGAGAAGCUGCCCCCGGCCAAAGAUCUGACCCCUCCGACGACCGUCCCUCCUCCGCUCAGAGAUGUCGAGCCGACUUCCAAACUCGUUGCGGUUGAUGAAGUACAUCUUCAGGCCACGACAACCGACAAGCCGACAGUCGCCGAAGCUGAAGGCGUCGUCAGCGGAGAAAGCGAAGAAGAAGAAGUUUUGGAAGAGCCUCUGGUUACUACUGUCUCGAAUGAGGUUUGCAGUGCCAAAAUGUUUAUUAUUAUAGUGGAAGGUUUGAUUUUAUCUCACCAGGGAACGUUUUUUACCCCCCGGGUUUUGUUGAAACUUCGCUGAAAGGUACUUUAGGACCUUCUGAUUUUAGAUCAUGAAGAAAAUUUCUCGCAGUAGAUCUCAUUUUCGAGUUAUGGAGCUUCAAAGUGUGCAAAAUAAGCAAAUAAUGACAAAAAAGCGCUAUUUUGAGCUUUUGAAGCGUCCUCACUCGAAAACGAGAUCUAUUGCGAGAAAUUUUCUUCUUGAUAUGGAAUCAGGGGGUCCUAAAGUACACUUAAGGGAAGUUUCAUUAAAAGCUUAACCGGAAGGGGGGUGAAAAAACGUUCCAUAGUGGAAUCAGCUUUGUAGUAUUCCGUUUAAAUUCUUUCCACCUUCAAACCUUUUUUUCAAGAUAAGAUUUCAAAAAGUUACGUUGUCCUCACGAAAGAUUUCCUGGAUAUAAGAAUGUCCACAAAAUGUCUUAUAGAGAAAGAAUUCGCAUUUAGAAAAAGGUAGCUGAAUUUUCAACGCUGUCGCCCUUAUUUUUUUUCAUUAAAUCUAGUUCGUUUUCUCGAAGAUAGGUUGCAAUUUUCCUAUCUUAGACAGCUUCUAUAAUUUGGCACAGCCAGUCAAAUCUUUAAAAAAAAAAUCCUGCACAUUUUCAGACCUCACAAGAAAGUUCUUCGCGUCAAGAAGUUUCCAAAAUAUUGGGAAAGUUGAACGUGAGUCGGGAGGAUGCGCAGUCCAUCGUCGACCGGCUUCAGGAGGUUUCUAUAUUUUGAAAGUCAUUUUUUUUAUUUUAGAAAGUUUUCCAUGACCUUCAUAUUUUCGUUUCUCUUGAACUUGAAUGCGCACUUGAAAUGGCUCAACUUUCAAAGACCAAAAACAGAUUUUCAAAGAGCGCCCGUCUCAAAACGGCUUCCGCGCUCAAUCAAGACGUUGAACCGGCUAUAGACCUGUAGUCCACUUCUCAACUUGAAAAAAAUCUUCUCUGCGCCCUCCUCGUCUCUCGGCGACCCUCUCAUGUUUACGUGCUAUUUUGACGUUUCUCUGACCUCGCCGGUGAGGGAACAGAGAGACGCAGACACUCGAAAACUGUAAAGUCACGAUGGACGGACUAUAGAACAAAUAAUAUAUUUCUGAGCCAUUCCACGUGCGACCAAGACUUUCGAGUCCGGUUCAAAAAUGAAGAUGAUUUUACAGUUGGUUCUGGAGCAGCUGGAGAAGAAGCUGGGAGAAGUCAGAAGAACUCCGGCUCCAAUUACGACUUCUACAACAACUACUACCGUCACCAAUAUUCCGACAACUACAACAACUACAGCUCCUUCUGAACCUCCUACCACGGCUUCCCCGUUAUCCUCCGCUGAGGAAGAGUUCAGGUUAUUUUUUGACAAAAACAGCUUUUUUGGAAGAGUAUCCUCAUAGUUUUGUGCUUCAUGGAAAAUGCCAGCAAAAGUCAGAAUCUCGCCAAAGAAAACCGGACGUUUCUGAGCAAAAAUUUUGCAUAACAGCUUAUGAAAUGGCGCGAAAAGGCAGCAAAAAGGACCACUUAAGAGUGCUGACGCCACUGAAGUGAUCACUAGAUACGCUCGGACACGUCCGGUUUGCGUUACCAAGCUCUGAGUAACUUUUCUCCUUUUUUUCUUCAUUUUUAUCUUUAUUUUUCGAUUCAAACUAUCAUUUACUCGUUUUUUUCAUCUUAUGCAAAGUUAUGACAAACGAAGCAUAAUUGAUUUGAGUAUCUUUGUCAUAAUUUGAUAAGAAAUUGAAACUGUAUUCUGAUGCUCAAAAAAUUUUCAAAGUUAUUCAUAUUUUCGAUUUCAUGACCUUUUCACUCUUUUUUAGACCUUUUGUAAUAGGAAUCAAUUAUUUAUGAGGCUUGAGAUGGAGUUGUUGAAAAAAAAAAUUCAAUCUCACGGUUGUUCUCGCAGGAGCGCAUAAGACAACGUAAUUUCUGCAUUGUCGAUUUUUUUUGCAGCUUUUUUUUCACAUUGAAAAAAAUAAAUUGAAGUCAACAUUUAUUGCGGCUAUUUUUGCUGGAGUGCAUAAGUGAGCAUUAUCUGACAAGAGGACGGCAAUUUUUUUUCGAAGUCUUUCUGUUGUCUUGUCUUUCCUAACAACGAAGAUUGACUUUCCAAGUUUUAGAGCGGCUCUGGCGUCGUUGUCGAGCGAGACAGAUGUCCCGACGUCCUCCUCGGCCGAAGGAACUCGAGUCGUCGUCAACCGACACAACAUCAAGCUCCAUCCGGUGAGCCGCGUCGCUCCGGAGCAGGACGAAGGCUGGGGAGCCAUCAAGACCUCCAAGACCCAUCUUCCCAUCGUCGACACCGCCGAGGAGACUCACAACGCCGUGGCACCGGUCCAAGUCGCUCCGGUCGUCGCCGCGGCCGUGACGACCGUCCGAGCCGGCGAGAAGGAGAAGAAGAACGAACACAAGACGCUUCUGAAGAAGAGGAUCAGCGUCGCCGUGCAGAAGGACAAGGUAAAGUUUAUUAUGAGCGAGAUCCAACACGAACAAGACUGACUUCAUAUCGGCUAACCCUUUUCGACUUUGAGAGCCCCUAACUUCUUUCACAUGCCUUGAGGGCAAGAUUUAAGCGCAAAUUAUGAUCAAAACUACAUCUAGAGCAUCCGGUCUCAUUGAGAAGUUUCACUGUGAGCUGAAAACGUUUCCUGGUUAGAGGAGAGAUCCCAAAUACCGUGGAAUAUUCUAGAAAAAACUAGUUUAGCGAAUUAAUCAGAAGCUUACUUUUUGCAAAAAAGUUGUUAGACCGAAGUAUCCAAAAAAGAAAAAACUGCAAAAAAAGUUCGCACUGCGUGUGCACCGAACCUAUGACCUCCUGACCCCCAGUCAGCCACUUUCCUACUGCUCUCGCUACCUUUGCUUCGACGCUCGCCGGAUCGCAAUAGGACACCGCGCUCUUACGCUUUUAUCACGAGCCCAGCUUUGAAAACUUAUAUCUGAACUCCAGAACUUUUUUGAGAAUUAUCCAAUGGUUUUUCGUGACAAGGGGAACAAGGACUAUAUACCUUCCAAAAAGGAGCUCAAUCGGAGACAUCGAAAUUUUCGACUUUGAGAGUCUCUAACUUUUUUCACAGGCCUCGAGGGCAACUUUUGAGCACAGAUUAGGAAUCAGCGUGAAAACCACAUCUAGGGAGCUUAGUCCCGGGAAAUUCUGGAAUAUGUCGGAACAUUCUGGAAUUUUUAGGAUCUGGACGACGAUUUGCUCGUCGAUUUCGCCACCGGAGCUCCCCUUGACUUGAACGAAGCGAAUAACGUCCUCACGACGACGCGGUCACGACCCCGGAUUCCAGCGAAACAGUGAAAUAUCCUUUUUUGUUUUUCUAUAUUUUCUAAAUUUCAAGAAUUCUCCCAACUGCCGCCACUGAGAGACCUGCUCCGUCGGGCAAAAAUCGCUCGGCCGCCAUUUUGCCGGCGCGACAUCGAAUCGUGGGUACUUUAGGGGAAAGUAUUAAAGAAAUAAAAUUUUUUUUUGUUUUAAAGGAGCAUCGAUGUGUUCUGAAAAGGUCUUGAAGCGAAGAGCUAUUCUGAGGAGUUUUUUUUAUAGAAUAUGUGAUAUCAAAUUGUGAGUGUUCCACGGGGAAAAUUUAGAAAAUAAAAGUUUGUUGGGUUUUUUAAAGGAACAUAAAAAAACCUCAAAAAAGGUGUCGAAGCGAAGAGCCUUAGAAUUAUUUGCUGAAUCAUGCGACAUCGGAUUGUGAGUAAUUUAGAAGAAAAUGAAGAAAAAUUAAAAAUUUGUUGGAUUGUUUAAAGGAGCAUGGAUGACCCAGAAAAGGUCUCGAAGCGAAGAUCUAUAUUUUGAAUAUUUAUUUGGAUCCUUUAACUUUUAAAUACAUUGAAUUACCCAAAAAAUAUUUUCUGAACGAAAAAAAUCUUUGAUUUUUCCAGAAAUUUGAGCUUGAUUUUAUUUUUAAAAAAAGACAAAAAUUUAAAACAAUACAUUGAUGAAAUUUCGUCUUUUUCUUCCAAGGAAAAAUAGUUUUUUGGAUUUAUAAUUUGGUUUUUGACUGUUCCUAUUUUUUUUUUCUAAAAUAGUGAUCACUAUGAAUUUCUACACAAUUCAGCACAAAGUUAGUCAUUUUCAGCACGAAAUGACGCAGUUUGAGAAACUCGCGACGGAUUAUCGCCGAAGGCUCGAAAAUACCGGAGAUGUGAAUAAAAUCCUGCAGAAAAUCUACGAAAACGCCUACAUUUCGUUAGGUUAGAAUAGUAUUUUUUUUUUCUGAAUUGAAUUUGAAAAAAAAAAUUCGUGUAAACUCCGCAACGUAUUUGUUGUGCGUAGCGCCUUUUUUUUUGAAUGAAAUUUGCCAAAAACUUAGAAACUGCAGAGUGGCCCCUAAAGGGGAAGCCUGAAGAGCCCUUGAAAAGAAAGGACCCUAUAGGGGCCACUUGAGCUUUAGCGGCUCAGGGGUCAGAUCCUAAACCCUUCAGGGACGACCUUUUUUUCCUCUAUAGAGACUGUCAUUUUCCCUAACCCCUAUAAGGACCACUCUGGCGUUUCUUAGAAUGUUAAGAUUCUAAAUGGCUAUCAAGAAAAGUUGAAAUUUUCAGUGGAACGUCGCGGCUAA